UCCACUGUGUUAUUUUAAAGCAUGGUUAUUAGGCCACUGCUCCAGAGUCUCUUUUCUAGUAACAUGCAUAUUUUGAUAUGUUUUAUUCUUAAUAUGUUGUUUUUAUAUUUAUAUUGACUUGUAUUUACAAAUGGAAGACAACUCUUAAGUUGAAAACAGUUUAUUGAUUUUUCUUUUUUUCUGAUUCAGCUGAUAAAAGCACAACAGUUUCUGGUAUAAUUUUCAGUAUAUUUUCUAAUUCUUAAAAAAAACAGUCAGUUGAUGAUUUGGAUUUCAAAGUUAUGAGGCCAGCAAUAUAUUAUUUACUGAAUAAAUAUGAGUUAUGCAACUGCUCAUUAAAUGAACCAAAGAAACUCAGUGUUGGAGAUAUUAGUAAAAUUGUCACAGGCAUGAAACGUGUUACCAAAAUGAUGUGAGUAAAUACUGUAUAUAUACCUGAAGGUCUAAAGAUAUACCAAGAGAAAUUAUUUUCACUUUUAACCUAAUUUCCCAGAAAGUAGAUGGAGACAAACUUGAUCACGUAUUCUCUAUAAAACUAUUUUCCCCCAGAAGGCAACUAUUGACAAUAAAUUAAAAUGCAUUCUAAAUAAACAUGAUCAUUCCAUCUGGCCAACAAAAUGUAUAGCAUAAUAAGAAGGUGUGACAUUGCUUUACUUUCUUUAAAGGGUAGAGUUAACACUGGUUUCUUUAAUGAUUAACUUUGACUUUCUCUCUGUUUUUCCUUCAACAUUAUUUCUUUCUCCGGAUGCUUUUGGUAACCCAGGCACCCCUUCCACCACCCAGAAAAGAGAGCUUUUGUAGCUCCUUGAUAACCAAUCAUACAAAGGGUGACAUUUUAGACCAAUUAGUAACUAACACACAAAUUCCAUCCUGUGCAGAGUUCAUUACUAACAAAACACCUCUCCAGGGAACUAUGUAUUCUAAUGAUGAUUCUAGCCAGACAAUUGUUUAUUCUGAAGAAUCUAACACAACUGUGUCAUAUACACAAAAAAUCACUAAUCCACUACCACUGCCUUCCAGCACAGGUCCCCCACCAAAAGCUGACAUGAGUACCCCAUUUCUCCAAGAGGACUAUACCCAAGAUUCUCAAACUCGGAGAAUUUCCACAUUGAAACUAAUCCAUAACCAGGAUCCAGGAAACAGCAUCACCUUCAGUCCUCCACAGUUUCCCAAAUCUAUUGAAGUACCAUCAUUUCUCAAAAGGCCUUGCUCACCACCCGCUAACCCAGUGCCUGAGAAACACACAGCAUCUCUUUCCAUUCAGAUAGCUCCCCUUUCGGGACACGAUCCUGAAAGCCACAAACAGCCACCUGAGCUUUCUCCAGAGACUGCAAAGAUACCUCUUCAGCCAGAGAGACAAAGACCUGCAGUUGCUGCGGCCUCUCAGUCCUCAGACUGCCAAGUGCUUGGAAACCAGAACUUAACUGCCAAUGUGUUGGAGGUAAAUGCUUCACAGACAAAUCUGACCAGAAGCCUCUGCUCCAUGCCCAUCUUCUGGGGUACCUUGUAACCCAACCUCUUUUUCACAAGACAGUGGCUCCAGCCCAGCCUCACUUACCCUGCCACCACCUACUGAUUUGGGGUCUUCACACAUGCAAAGACCCCCCAACCUUUUCACACUGUUUUUAUAACGCACUUCUCCUGGGGCUAGCACUCCUCCUGUUCCUCCAGGGAGUCCUUCUCAGCCACCCCAGAUGAACUGCAGAUAGCUGACUCCGACACCACUGACCGUUCUGAAACACCUUCCCCAACCUUGGGUCAGCAGUCUGCCAUGAGAGCUGGCAUCAUCUUAACCACCCCUGCUAUCAUGAAUGGAAUUACUCCUCUUUCCUUUGCUUCAUCAUUUU